AGAGGGCAUGGCCUCGUUAAAAGGUAGAGGCUAGCUAGUGUUCAUGCAAAUUGCAUCUGAGGAAUAUAUGUUUAGAGAGAGAGAGAGCAAAAGAGAGAUAAAUAUCAAACAAGAGGGAAAGAGUGACAGAGAGAGUGUUGGUCUUCUUUGUCUGUCUCUGUCUUAAACUCAGGAACCCUAUAUUUUCUCUGAAGCUAUCAAGAAAGCUCUUAUUUUCUUCUUUUAUCCUCUUUUGAUUUUCUACAUAAACCCUUUGAGGAAAGCUAGAGAAUAAGAAAGAUGAUGAGUCUAAGUGGAAAUGGUGGGAGAACAAUAGAGAGGCCUCCAUUUACACCAACACAAUGGCAAGAACUGGAGAAUCAAGCCCUAAUUUACAAGUACAUGGUCUCAGGAGUUCCUGUCCCACCUGAGCUCAUCUUCUCCAUUAGAAGAAGCUUGGACUCUUCCUUGGUCUCUAGACUCCUCCCUCACCAAUCCAUUGGGUGGGGAUGCUAUCAGAUGGGGUUUGGUAGAAAACCAGAUCCAGAACCAGGAAGGUGCAGAAGAACAGAUGGUAAGAAAUGGAGAUGCUCAAGAGAAGCAUACCCAGAUUCAAAGUACUGUGAAAAACACAUGCACAGAGGAAGGAACCGUGCCAGAAAAUCUAUUGAUCAGAAUCAGACAACUGCUCCUUUAACAUCACCAUCUCUCUCUUUCCCCAACAACAACAACCCAAGCCCUACCUUGUCUUCUUCCUCCUCUACUUAUUCAGCUUCUUCUUCAUCUCCUUCCAUUGAUGCUUACAGUAAUAUCAACAGACUUGGUGUUGGUAGUAGUAACAGUAGAGGUUACUUCAACAACCAUUCCCUUGACUAUCCUUAUCCUUUGUCCUCACCUAAACAGCAACAACAACAGACUCUUCAUCAUGCUUCUGCUUUGUCUCUUCACCAAAACGCAUCUACUGCUUCUCAGUUCAAUGCCUUAGCUUCUGCAACUGACCAUAAAGACUUCAGAUACUUUCAAGGGAUUGGGGAGAGAGUUGGAGUUGGGGAGAGAACCUUUUUUCCAGAAGUUUCUAGAAGCUUUCAAGAUUCUCCAUAUCAUCACCAACAACCGUUAGCAACAGUAAUGAAUGACCCGUACCACUCUGGUACUGAUCAUAAGGUUGAUCAUCAGCAUCACACAUACUCAUCCGUAUCAUCAACAUCUCAGCCUGAUCAAGAUCAUCAUCGACAACAACAGCAGCAAUGUUUUGUUAUGGGCGCUGACAUGUUCAACAAACCCACAAGAACUGUCUUCGCAAACACAUCUAGACAAGAUCAUCAAGAAGAGGAGGAGAAAGAUUCAUCAGAAACAAAGAAGUCUCUACAUCAUUUCUUUGGUGAGGACUGGGCGCAGAACAAAAACAAUUCAGAUUCUUGGCUUGACCUUUCUUCCCAUUCAAGACUGGACACUGGUAGUUGAUUGAGACCAUGUAGCAUCAAUGAUGGGUCUCUGCACCAACACACACACACACACAAGUUUGAAAUGUUGAAGGGUCACACUUCACAUCUAUUUCUGUGAAACAUUGAGAGACAAAGACACUGUUUGCAGAAACCUACUAUGUAUCUCCAUGUGUGUGUUGGGUCCAACAAGACAAGUGAUCCGACGUUUAUAUAUAUAUUAUCUCUGUGUGUUUUCCUCUCUUUGUUUUUUUUUUCUCUAGCUACUGUUGUCUUCCAAGCUAUCUUUCUUUAUCUCUCACUCUAAUUUAGCUGACAGAAACACAAAAGUGAACAUGACUUUUGUGAGGGGUUAUAUUUGAUUUGUGUUUCUUAGGAUGCAAGCAUAUUUAGUUUUUUUUUAUAACAUCA